AUGGGAAGAUGGGUUAAAUGGUGGGAAAAUGGGAUAAAAAUAGAAAUGGUGUUAGAGAAUAACCCUAAAAAUCUCGAGGAGAAUUUGAAACAAAGAGGAGUCGGUAAUUCCAAUCCGAUAGGACUAUUUGCAUUCGGAACUACACAACUCAUAUAUUCUUUGUAUCUUAUUCAAAUAGCAAAUAUUACUAAUAAUCAAGUUGGGCUUGGUUCUGCUUUAUUUUAUGGUGGUAUCAUUCAAGUACUUUCUGGAAUAUAUGGAUUAUUUUCUGGCAAAACUCUCAGUGGUUUCUGGAUCUCUUUUGGAUUUAUUUAUCUGCCAAGUUCUGGGAUCAUUGAUUCAUUUAAAGAUGAUCAAGUGAUGCUUAGAAAUGCCAUUGGAAUUUAUCUUACCGUAUGGGCUAUUUUUACAUUUUUAAUGUUAAUUGCCUCCUUAAAGACUACGAUUUUAGAAAUUUCAACAAUAACAUUUGCAUUGACUGUCUUUAUUUUUCUUACUCUCGCUAAUUUUACUGGUUUAAACGUUUUUUCUCGCAUCGCUGGAUACUUUGGAGGUAAGAAUUUUUGA